AUGAAAGACUGGCUUCAGCGGCUCACAGUGGCCUUAUAUGUCACCACUGGCGCGAUCGCCGCCACCGCGAACCAUGCGUACCAAUUCAACUCGGUAGCCGUGACUGGAGGUGGCUACAUCACAGGGAUAGUUGGCCACCCGACGGAGAAAAACCUCCUCUACGCGCGCACAGAUAUUGGCAGCACGUAUCGCUGGAACCAAGAAGCCAACAAAUGGAUCCCGCUGACCGAUUUCCUGGGACCCGAGGACGAGAACCUCAUGGGUACGGAGAGCGUUGCCAUGGAUCCGACCAACCCUGAUCGCCUGUACCUAGCACAGGGCCGGUAUCUGAACUCGAACCAGACCGCGUUUUUCGUCUCGGAUGAUCGAGGAGCUAGUUUUAAGCGACAUGAGGCGCCAUUCCCGAUGGGCGCGAACGAGCUGGGUCGGAAUAACGGCGAGCGAUUGGCUGUGAAUCCGUUUAAGACGAAUGAAAUCUGGUUCGGCACACGCAAUGCAGGGUUGAUGAAAAGUGGUGAUCGCGCAAAAACGUGGACAAAUGUGACAAGCUUCCCCGAUGCCGCAGCGAAUGGGAUCGGGAUUACCUUUGUGAUCUUUGACCCGGACAAUGAAGGGACUAUUUAUGUUGGUGCUUGUGUUCCCGGGGGAUUGUAUGUGUCAAAAGACUCGGGAAAGAGCUGGGAUCCCUUGCCUGGACAGCCAAAGGAAUGGGACGAGUCGCUGCUCAUCUACCCUAAUGAGACGCAGCCACAGAGCACCGCACCGCAGCCGAUGAAAGCGGUCCUGGCGUCCAAUGGCGCACUCUAUGUGACUUAUGCGGAUGCUCCUGGGCCGUGGGGAGUGGCGUACGGAGCUGUGCAUGUCUAUAACACUACCUCUUCGAAAUGGUCGGACAUUACCCCGACUGGGAAGAACACGUCGCCGGCCCCGUAUACGCCCCAGGCUUUCCCUGCAGGUGGAUACUGCGGAUUGAGCGUUGCAGCGGACGAUCCCGACACGGUGGUAGUCGUUUCGCUCGACAGAGACCCAGGUCCAGCUCUUGACAGCAUGUAUCUCUCGCGCGAUGGUGGCCGUUCAUGGAAAGACGUCUCGCAGCUCUCCACACCAUCCGGUAGCGGUGGGUACUGGGGACAUCCGAUCGAGGAGGCCGCACUGAAAAAUGGCACCACAGUUGACUGGCUCAGCUUCAACUGGGGACCUCAUUGGGGAGGCUAUGGAGCUCCGUCUCCUGUCAAGGGCUUGACUAAGUUUGGAUGGUGGAUGACAGCAGUCCUCAUUGAUCCAAGUGAUCCAGACCAUGUCAUGUAUGCCACCGGCGCCACGAUCUGGUCGACCGACAACAUUUCGCAAGCAGAUAAAGACGCCGCACCGGCAUGGUACAUCCAGGCGCAGGGGAUCGAAGAGACAGUGACUUUAGCUAUGAUUAGUCCCCCGUCCGGCCCAGCAAACCUGAUCACUGGGCUCGGUGACAUCAACGGAAUCCGCCACGACGAUCUCGAUACCCCCCAGUCCAUGCUCAGCCUCCCUGUGUUUUCGAACCUGAACACUCUCGACUGGGCCGGGAAGAAACCAGAAGUGAUUGUCCGUGGUGGACCGUGUGGACACCAAUAUGAGGAUGGCUGUGGACAAGCGGCGUAUUCCAAGAACGAAGGUACCGACUGGGUGAAAUUUGCGACUUGUAUUCCGGGCGUGAACACCAGCAGUACCAACCCGGGUGUUAUGGCCAUCGACGCCUCCGGGAAGUAUGUGGUCUGGACGUCAGCGAUGAGCGUCGUCUCUCCGACUUUGCAGUCUCCUAAUGUGCCAGCUACCGACUCGGGUCCGUAUGCGUCGCUUGACUGGGGCAAGACCUGGAAGUCACCUCGUGGUCUAACAGUCCAGACGCCUUAUCUCAGCGCCGACCGCGUCCAGCCCAAGACGUUCUAUGCUUUUACCGACAGCGUAUGGUAUGUCAGCACAGACGGAGGAGUAUCAUACAAAGCCCGGAAGGCCAAGGAUGUCGGUCUUCCCGUCCACGACGGUGCAGUCCCAGUAGUGAACUAUGCUCGGGCCGGGGAAAUUUGGCUUGCCCUGGGACGAGAGGGUGUCUAUCACACGACGAAUUUCGGUCGUCGCUGGAAACGCGUGUCAAGUCGGGGCACGGUGGCUGAGCUGAUCACUGUUGGCGCGGGAGCAAAGAAGAAGCAGCCGGCGUUGUUUAUCCGUGGUCGGCCAGGGAACGCGCGCAAGACUGAGCAUGGAAUCUAUCGCUCAGAUGACGGUGGUGCUACAUGGGAUCGCGUCGAUGAUGAGUCUCAUCGGUAUGGCGGGUUCAAUCUGAUCCAAGGUGACCCUAGAGUUUAUGGCCGCGUGUACUUGGGCACAGGUGGGCGUGGGACUUUGUAUGCAGAUAUCGCACGGGGACGUUCGCCCAAGAAGGGAAAUGUACCGGGGACAGGUGGAAUAUAG